AUCCUGUACAAAAAAGUGGCAUUGUAAAAUUCAUAAAACUACUCGAGUUUUGAUGCCCACAGCAAAGGCGGCGCCUUGGGAUAGGCCAUAGUUUUCAGCCUUUAUACCACCUAUGUAUGUGUGUAUGUACUCUACGCCACCCCAACAUUUAUCCUGCGCAGCAAGUGUGUGUUAGUGGAAAUGUCGCACCAACAGCCCCGCAGUUUGCUCUGCACCCCGCAAGUAUUCUGCAUUCGAGCGAGAGAAAGCUUUUCGUCGCUGACAAAUGCUUUGCAGGUAGUAAAGUUCACACAAGCUCCCCACUGCGCGACCUGCGCUGAACACACUAUCGAGUUGAAAGAGUAGAUGUGGAGCACAAAAAAAAAUAUAUAUAUAAAGAAAACGCUAGAAUAUGGAGAGCUGCGAGCGCCAAAAGUUUUCGCUCCACCUUUUUUGUUGGUGCAUCAACGUUUGCUCAUUUUUUGCUUUAAUAAACAAUCGGUUCACUGUUUUACUAUAUGAGAUAUUGCAAAUCAUCAGCCGCUCAGUUGGAGCGUGGCGCUGCGUCGGUAAACUUGUGGCUUGUUAGACUACAGUUUUUGGCCGAGCAAAAAUUAUGCGGUGAAGUGAUGAAAUUAAAAAAAAAAAAAAAAAAAACUAAUAAUUCGAAACACAUGUAAGAAAGACGUUGCGUUGCUUGUGAGUCGGUUUGAUAGUGCUAAAAAAAAAGAAUAGAAGAGAGGAAGAUUUAAUUAAAAUGUGUUUUAACAAGAAAAGUAGGAAAUUAAUUCACGUUAUGCCAAAUCACAAACUCGUUUCAAGUAAACUUUAAUUAAAAUUUGUGCGCAGAACAAAGAAAAAAAGAAAUAACAUUCUGAAAUAAAUUAGCCAGCGGCUGCGAAUGUAUUGCCAACACAGCGUAGCAAGCGGGUAGGCAUCGGCAGUAGGGCAGCAGCAGCAACGUGGGAUCAAUAAAAAUCCAUACAUACAACCAUUUAUACCAACGUUUGUACCACUUCGUUUGGGAGGCUCGUGCCGGCGGCAGACAAAUCUAAAUCUGUUCGAAGAAAAAUUCCACUCGCGUAGGGAGAAAAAAUAUAUUUACAUCCAUAUACGGAAGCAAAUCAAAACAUCAGACUGCAGCUUGUAUACAACUCGCUUCAUCGCAAAAUUCCACUUCGCUACAGAAUGAACGCCGUCAGCAUGGAUGUGACUAAGCUGCCCAACUCACAGGACGGCAUCGAGGUCCAAAUGGAUAGCCUUGACUCAAGUCACGCAUUCACAAACUCGCUCGAGGAGCCCAAUCCGCCCAAACCCAACGUGUUCAAGUCGAAAAUGUUCAUUGUCGCCGUCACUUUUUCCAGUGUGCUGUUCACCGUAAUGUGCAUAGGGUUUUUGGUGCACUACGAAAUGGGCAGCGAGGUGUCGGAUGGCGAGGACAUACCCUUCUGGAAUGUAAAAUUGCCAUCCGAGCAGCAAGUGUGGUACGAAAAGGGCAUUGAAGAGUUGAAGAUUGCGCUGAGUCGUGAAAUUAAUCGACGACGUGCCAAGAAUGUCAUACUAUUCGUGGGAGACGGCAUGGGCCCAAAUACGGUGACAGCCACGCGUAUUUACGGUUUUAAAGAGGAGGGACUGUUGAGUUGGGAGCGCUUUCCGCACAUGGGUUUGCUCAAGACUUACUGCGCUGAUAAGCAGGUACCGGACUCAUUUUCUACGGCGACAGCGCUAUUUGGUGGCGUCAAGACCAACUAUGAAACCGGCGGCGUUGACUCCAGCGUCGCGCUUAAGAAUUGUAGCGCUUCACUGGAUGCCAACCAUCACGUGCAGACCAUAUUGAAGUGGGCGCAAGUGGACGGCAUGAAUACGGGCUUCGUAACGACGACGCGCGUCACGCACGCUACACCAGCCGCAUUAUACGCGCAUACGCCCGACAGGCGUUGGGAAUGCGAGGCGAAAAUGCCGGCGGAAGCGCAACAGGAGGGCUGUAAGGAUAUCGCCAAGCAAUUGAUCGAGGGCGAGACAGGUGGAAAAAUAAAUGUGAUUAUGGGGGGUGGUCGUCAAAUGUUGGUCUCUGAUGUGACGGAUAGCGCGGCGGAUCCAAUCGACACUUGGGCCUGCAUUUCAACAGAUGGGCGCGAUUUAAUCGCUGACUGGAAAAAAUACAAACAACAGGCGGGUGAAAGCUACGCGGUGGUGCAGAACAAUGGCGAACUGAACGCUCUGAACGGUGAAUCUGUUGAUUAUGUGCUGGGCGUCUUUGCCAACGGCCAUCUGAAGUACGAUCAUGAGCGUGAUCGCAGCGACUCAGGCAUGCCGUCCCUGCGCAACAUGACCGUGAAGGCGCUCGAGGUGUUGAAGAGUAAAGACAAGGGCUUUCUGCUCGUCGUCGAAGGCGGCAUGAUUGAUCAGGCCCACCAUCGCGGCACGGCCAGGCGGGCGCUCUCAGAGACGUUGGCCUUGAAUGAGGCCGUCGAGGCGGCUGUGCAAGAAAUGAGCCACCAACUGGAAGAAACUCUGAUAAUCGUGACCGCUGAUCAUUCGCACAGUUUAACUAUAAAUGGUCAUCCGGAAAGAGGUGCUGAUAUAUUGGGCAUUGCCAUGAACUCUAAAACCGAGGGUACCCCUUAUACAACGCUCACCUAUGGCACCAGCUAUAAGGGUUUUGAAGCAGAUGCUGAUGGCAAGCGCGUGGAUCCAACGACCCAGGAUACUACGGCUUGGGAAUACACACAACAGGCGGCCAUAAACACAGAUGAGAAUUUGCAUGGCGGCUCUGACGUCACCAUACAUGCCAAGGGCGCUAUGGCUUACUUGUUCCACGGCGUGCACGAAAACAGCUAUGUGGCACAUGUCAUAUCAUAUGCGCUGCGUAUCGGGCGCUUCCGUGACAGCACAAUUGCCGAGUCGUUGGCGGAUUUGAUGCCGUUAUAG